UAAACAGCGGUUGUUGGCUUGACAGCUUGUCUGGGGGUGGAGGGGAAGGGAAGCUGGAGAUUAUGGGGGAUUUUGUAGCUCCCACGGCCGCCGCGAACGACAGCGGCACCGGGAUGGGAGCGGCGGCCGGCGCCAGCGGAAUUCCCAAACACAGCACGGUGGUGCAGAGGCUCCGGCAGAGGAUCGAGGGCUUCAGGAGGCACCACAACAACUGCGAGGUGAGGCGCCAGCAAGCGCAGGCUCAGCAGAUCGAGCUGGACCGCCAGGAGACCUUGACGCUCCACCAGCGGUGCCUGGAGCUCAAGGCGAAGAAGACGGGCAAGCAGCGGCAGGAGUCCGCUUCCCGGAGCAAACAUUGUGAGCCUGAACCGCCGCCUCCUGCCUCAGCUCCGGAGCACAGGAGCAACACACUGAUCGCGCUCCAAGAAACUGUAAAGAGGAAGCUUGAAGGAGCACGUUCCCCGUUAAAUGGUGACCUGCAAAAUGGAGUUUCUGAUAGCAGCUUCUCUCCAAGUAGCAAACGAGUCCGAAAAGAGGGACUUGGGCUAGACCACAGCAACACCCUGUCAAGUAAGAUCCCUGUGCCUUCAGUCUCUCCUCUGCAUCAGCUUGACAUAAAGUCAGCAUUGCCGAUGCCAACCGGCGGAAAUAAUUCGACAGGCUUUGAUGACAUAAGCAAAGAGAGCAGACAUGCCAGAGUGAACCUGCCGGCUAAUGGCACCAGAGAUGAAGACGACUUCAACCUAAUAUUAACAAAGGAGCUUAAACAAGAGCCAAUUGAUGAUCCAGGUUGCAUGGACGCAUCAGAUGCUUCCCUUCUCCACCAGAACAAACUGUUUUCCGAUAUCAAUCUUAAUGAGCAAGAAUGGCAGGAAUUAAUUGAUGAACUAACAAGCACAGUUCCGGAAGAUGAUAUGCAUGAUCUGUUUAAUGAGGAUUUUGAUGAAAAGAAAGAGAUGGAAGUCAUCAGACCCACAUCACAGACCCCAAUCCCACCAGAAAACGCAAACAUAAAGAGUGAGUUCUGCCAGUCUCCUUUUAAUCAGAUGUCGAUGGGAUCUCCACAAGUUAGGCCGUCUUCGUCCGGCCCUCCAUUUUCUAAUGUCUCUACAGUCUCCAGUGUGUCCUCUGUGUCAAGUAUUUCAUCCCUUUCUGCUUCUGCCACUUCACCAGUAGCGUCUGUGAGCCAACCCCAGCAGCAAACCCCAAAUCAAAGUCAAGCACAUGCAAGAUCUGGAAAUGGCUUUUUGUUAAAUACAUCUUCCGGGUCAGGAUCAGGACAGGGUCCAGGGCCAGGAUCUGGGCCAGGAACUUUACCAUCAAGUGGUUCUGAUCUUUCUCGAGCUGAGCAGUUAAAACAAAUGGCAGCUCAGCAGCAGCAAAGAGCGAUGCUGUUACAACAAAAGCAGCAGCACACACAGCCACACCAGCAGAAUCCGACACCCAGCUGGUCACCUGCAGCUCCACCACACAGCCCUUUCGGAGGCCCCUUUAAUCCAGACAAACCAAAUAGCCCGAUGAUGUACCCACAGGCCUUUAAUAACCAAAAGCCUAUGGUGCCUACAAUGACAAACAACCCUCAGAAGGCCAUGAAUAACUACCUCUCACAAAACCCCAUGAACAUAAUGAAUCAACAGCCAAAUACGAUAGGGCAGACCUCUGUGAACAAACAGCCUAUGCUUUCAUAUGCUAACACUAAGCCACUGUCUCAUUAUAAUAUUGAGCCUGUGGGCCAGAGAAUGACCCCACCAAUGGCUAAUCAGAACAAAGCUCCCAUGAUGCCCUACCUGCCACAACAGCAGCCACAUGUUCAAUCUCAGGCUUCUCAUAUUAGCGAGGAGCAGAAGCGUUUGCUGUUAAUGAAGCAGAAAGGACUACUGUCCCAGACAAUACCUUAUGGAACGCUGCCAAGCCAUGGUCCGGAUCAGAGUCCAGUGGGAACCUCGCGGCCGGCAGCAUCUGUACAGACCCCUGUCCCUGGCCCUGCCACUGGCACUGGGGUCCCAGUGCCUGGCUCGAUGACUGCUAACCCUGGAGGCACCAGUUACCUUGGAAACCAGCAGCAGGCAGUCAUGAUGAAGCAGUUGUUGAUGGAACAAGAAAGACAGAGAAUGCAUCAGCUUCACAUGAUGGAGCAGCAGAAACAGCAGUUAUUCAGGGAGCAGAGGCAACAACAACAGUUGCUGGCAGAGCAGCAGCAGCACGACCAGAUACAGAGGCAUCUCCCCAGGACGCAUCCACAGUGCAAAGACCAGCAGAGGAAUCCAUACCCUGUUCAACAGGUCAGCCAGUUCCAAGGUACCACCCAGGAAUUGGCAGCUGCGCGGAACCAGGCUCUCCAAAAUGCAGUUCGUCCCCGGAUGAUGGCACACAAUCCAGGCAUGAUACAGAUGACACCCGUCCAGAAUUCUGGCACAAUACCUGCCACCACUGGACAGUCAGAGAUUGGCAUGGCGCCCUACAGUAAUGCCCAGAGCAGCCAACAAGGAAUGUACAGUAUGAGUCCAGGCAUGAACCAAAUUCUUCAACAUUCAAACCAAAGUAACACGAGCAUGGCACGUAAUGUUAGCCAGAUGCAGAAACAGCCUAUUGCAGGACAAGGGGUUGGAAUGGUACCUGGUUAUGGACAAAACCUACUUGGAAACCCUGUGCUAGCCCAACAACAACAACAACAACAUGUCAAAGGACCAGGAGGGCAAACAAUGCCCAAGGCUCAAGCUCAAAGACUACAGCUCAUUGGAAGCUCUGGUACACCAGCUCAGAGCUGGCAGCAGCACAGUUUGCAGAGCUUGCCCAACAGAACUCAAGCAAACAGUGAGUUAAGUCCGUUCAACAGCAAGUCAGCUUAUCCAAUGCAACCUGGUCAAACUAAGAUGGCCAAACAGCAUUUUUCCCAGACAAUGGGGCAGCCAGUUCUUGAGACUGCCGGUACAGUUGGAGGACAAAUGAUGCCUCAUUUUGCAGGACACCCAAGGACCAACCAACCGAGACAAAUAGUAAUGUCUGGCAUGACCCAGACAAUCCACAGUAUGACUGGUUUUAAUCAGGCCACAGGCCAACAGUUGACGACAGGUUGCUACGCACAAAGCAACCCAGGUCAGGGGUAUCACACAAGAACCACAAAUCAGGACAUGUCCUUUAAUUACGUCAGCCAGUCAGGGGCUGGUUCCUUCUCUAAUUUAUCAGACAGUGGCGAUCUGAUGGACUCUCUUAUCAAAAGUGGAUCGACAGAAGGCUGGAUGCAAGAGUUUGAUGAAAUAUUUGGUAACCAGCAGUAGAUUGGGUGAAAAUGAGUUUUUAAUUAUUAAAAAAAAGCUGUUAAAUUAAGGCUUCCUCUAAAUAAAAGUGUUUAGGGACCAAGUAAAGUAGGCCUAGUUUUGUAGUUGCACUGCUGUUGCAUUACGGUGCUGAUGUACAUGUAGAUGUGAUCCAAACUGUAAUGGUUUCAUGUAAAUAGGUUUUUAUAUAAGUCCAAAUAUAAGGCUUAUUAUUGGGUCUACUUCCUGUAAAGAAUGGCUCUUAGUUUAACAGAACAUUGAAGUAUUUUUAUUUCAUUUUACAGUUUUCAAUUCAUCAAGAAAGCAAUGAUAUUGCACUUCAGACAAUGUCUAACUAAUUAUUUGUACUGUAAACUCUAAACAGAUGUGUUCAUUGAAUACAAUUUUUUUGUAGAUUUCAUUUUUACUCUGUAUCUUAAGCAGUGCUUGGAACCUGAGCUCAGUUCUUUUUAAAUCUGUACAGAAUCCUUGACUGUGUAAAAGUGUGAUGUUGAAUAACAUUUUC